AUGCACACGUUGCAAAUCGACAGUGAUUUGUCAAAUGAAGAAGAAGAGGAGGAGGAUCUAUCAGCGGCUCAAAUUCGAAGAAGAUCUACUAUAAAUCUAGGAAAUCAAAGGCAGCGUAAUAUUCGAAUUUUUCGAUUGAAAGUUUAUAAUUUCCUGGAGAAGCCACUGAAUGCCGCAAGUGCUCCCUAUCAUUUUUUCAUCUUUGGGUUAAUUAUAAGUAAUCUGAUACUCGGAGCAGCAACUGGUCACAACGAUGAAACUGUUAAAGGUAAUUAUUUCUCUCAUCUGAUUCUCAAGUUAGGAUCGAAAAACAAUCAACAUAUUCAGGAAUCCACUUCACAUUGGAAGUCACUAUGGUGAUAUUUUUCAUCGUCGAAUUCAUAGUUCGUUUAUGGUCAGUUAAAGCGGAUGCUAAAUAUCGAACUAAAUGGGGCAGAAUAUAUUAUUUAUUUCAUACUGUAACUUUGAUUGAUUUUUGUAUUAUCCCAACAACAAUUAUGCUAUUACUUUCACAUGGGGGAAAUGUUGAUGGAAGAACUUUGGAAACUUUGCGAUUUAUUCAGAUUUUGAGAUUGUUUCAUGUUGACAGGCAGAUGGCUACUUGGAAAUUAUUAAGGAAAAUGGUCAUGUUAAGCAAGUUAGUCAAAGAAAUCUCAAAAUUUAAAAAAAACUAGGAAAAUCUUAUUACUUGGAUGAAAAAAACAUAUGUUUUGCUAUACACUGCUGUGCAAACACCAAACCUGACGACAAUAUAUUUGUACAUUUACUGGAGAUUUUUAGGACGCUUUUUUUCUAUUUUCUCAUAUUCAAACGUAUAAAACUGCUGUUAAGAGACGUUAUUUGUAAAAACUCAAAAAUUCUCGAAAUACGAAGAACAAAAAAAAAGUGAUGAUCUUCGAUUUGGGUCUAUUUUUGGUAAAAUGAUGCCCCACGCCUAUAGAGUUGGAAAAUAAAGUGAAAUGGCGCAAAAAAAUUUUUUGAGGUCGGGGGGAUUUUUUUUUGAAAAAAAUUUGGCCGAUCCGUAAAAUGGUUCAAAAUUCAUAUUUUUCGACGUUCAAAAAAGCAUUCUGCUCGUAAUUCAAUGAUCUUUCCAGUGGUAAAACGAUCCAUAAUUCAUUCUUUAAUCUGAAAUAAUUAUAUUUUUUAAAAUUGAAAAAAUGAUGAAAUUUUGGUUAAAAUCAUCAUUUUCUACCUUAGGGAGUCAAAAGCGCACUUUUUAACUGCGUGCAAUCGCUUCCUUUCGCAAUUUUAGCCCCGGGGGCGUAUGUUUAAAAAUUAAACGCGGAACCUUGACUUCAUCCAGAUCGGUGAAAAGCGCCCACUAAAACAUUUGUAGGUGCAUGUUGUGAAGAGAUCACUUGAAACGCUUGAAUUUGCUAAUCUAAGAGUCACAGGUUCAAUUCCCGGUGGCGGCUUUUUUUAAAAAGUGGUUUUUUGUUCGAAAACCCAUUCAGAUAGAUACAAAUGUCAUGUCCUAAAGACAAUAUACUAAAGGAUACAAGAGAAUAAUACAGUGCAUUUUAUAAUAAUAGAUUUGCCUUCUAUAUUGAUAACAUUGUCUGAACCAUCAGUUAUUGAAGCAAAAUGAGUCAAAAAUUGACACGUACGCACAAAAUCAGGCAGGUAAACUCAUUUUCAUAUGAAAUAACCAAAUAUAGAAAGAUAUCUGACCGAUGUUCAAAAAUUACAAAAAAUUAGUGUUUCAAAAUGAGAGAUUCACCUUUUUUGUAAUAAAAGAAGAUGAUCAAAUAUCGAUAAAUAAUGGAAAACAACACAUUUUUGUACUGUCAUGAUGAUCUUAAUGGUAAAUCUUCAAAUCGUGAAAAUUCAAAUGUCUAUGUCGGAAAUUAAAGCAAAUGAUGCCCUGUUAACUGCAAAUGUAUUUUUGCUUACAUUCUUUAUUUCACAAACAAAAAUCGUGAUCCUAUUGAACACCAAAUUUUUUGUAAUUUUUGAACAUCGGUCAGAUAUCUUUCUAUAUUUGGUUAUUUCAUAUGAAAAUGAGUUUACCUGCCUGAUUUUGUGCGUACGUGUCAAUUUUUGACUCAUUUUGCUUCAAUAACUGAUGGUUCAGACAAUGUUAUCAAUAUAGAAGGCAAAUCUAUUAUUAUAAAAUGCACUGUAUUAUUCUCUUGUAUCCUUUAGUAUAUUGUCUUUAGGACAUGACAUUUGUAUCUAUCUGAAUGGGUUUUCGAACAAAAAACCACUUUUUAAAAAAAGCCGCCACCGGGAAUUGAACCUGUGACUCUUAGAUUAGCAAAUUCAAGCGUUUCAAGUGAUCUCUUCACAACAUGCACCUACAAAUGUUUUAGUGGGCGCUUUUCACCGAUCUGGAUGAAGUCAAGGUUCCGCGUUUAAUUUUUUUAAACAUACGCCCCCGGGGCUAAAAUUGCGAAAGGAAGCGAUUGCACGCAGUUAAAAAGUGCGCUUUUGACUCCCUAAGGUCGAAAAUGAUGAUUUUAACCAAAAAUUUAUCAUUUUUUCAAUUUUUGAAAAUAUAAUUAUUUCAAAUUAGAGAAUGAAUUAUGGAUCGUUUUACCACUGGAAAGAUCAUUGAAUUACGAGCAGAAUGCUUUUUUGAACGUCGAAAAAUAUGAAUUUUGAACCAUUUUACGGAUCGGCCAAAUUUUUUUCAAAAAAAAAUCCCCCCGACCUCAAAAAAUUUUUUUGCGCCAAUUCACUUUAUUUUCUAACUAUAUAGGCGUGGGGCAUCAUUUUACCAAAAAUAGACCCAAAUCGAAGAUCAUCACUUUUUUUUUGUUCUUCGUAUUUCGAGAAAUUACAAAUAACGUCUCUUAAAAUAAAUAAAUCACUCAAAUUUUCAGAUGGCAAUUAUUGGCUGCUUAUUACAUCACCUUGGUUCUUGGCAUAGCUAUGGCGACUAUUAUUUAUUCAACUGAAGCAUAUUCUCAAAAUAUAACUGAAGUCGGAUAUCGUCUUGAUGUUCCAAACGGAACAACUCCGACUUUUCCGACGAUGGCACAUUCGUGGUGGUUCACCGCAGUUACCGUUCUCACUAUUGGAUAUGGUGAUAUUGUGCCACAUGGAGCAAUCACCAAAAUUAUUGUCUGUAUUUUGGGUUUUGUUGCGUUUUGCACAUUUCAAGCGGCAAGUACGCAAAUAUCAGUUGGUAUGUUGUUUCUGCUUUGAACUCAACCUAUUAAUAUUGAAUAAUUUCCUCUAGGAAUGACAUUAAUGAUGGAGGAGGAAAACAAAAAACAAUGUAAAGCAAGACUUCGGAAUAUUGCUGCGUCAACAAUCCAAUGUUGGUGGCGAUAUCAUUUGGCUACACAUUGGCGAUCACAUCGAAGAUAUAUUUAUUUUACUCACGUUUGCUACAAACUUUAUAUCACUGAAGAACGAAUUAAUCAAAAUCGUGAGCUGGCCAAGAAGAUCAAAGAGAAGCUUGAAAGAAAAAAACCACAAAAAAAGAAAUCGAUGGUUCAUCAAAAUUCAGUGACUGCAGAGUUAUUGAAAGUUGGAUUCAAGGGAGCGGUAAAACCUGUGCUACAAAAAGAUAAUAGUAUUGACAGGAAACAUUCUUUCAGAAGGACGGUGAGUUGAAAACUUCUAAAAUUUGUUGAUAGUUUCAUCCUUUUAGAAAAGUGAAGAACGUCCGGAAAUUAUUGCUCUUCCUGAUCCAACAAUUCGAAAACGUGUGCUAUUUGCCGAAUCGAGAAAUCAAUCAGCUGAAUCAUCGUUCUCUUCUGAUUGUGAUGUUUCAGAACUUGAAACUCAAUUCGAAGCCAAAAAUCUUCUCGAAGGCCCAAUUGAAUCGCUCAGCGCAAAAGAGGUUGAUAUCAAGCUAUUGAUGAAAUAUCGCCCACUUCUUCGAUUUUUCAAUUUUGUGAUGUUCCGAUUUCUCAUGAAGAAAUUCAGAAUAGAAAGAAAAGCUGGAGAAUUGCUAGCUAUUGAAGCUGAAAUUGCAGAGAGAGAAAAUUCGAGAAAUAUAAAAAUGAAAGAACUUGAAUCAACGAUCCUUGCUCUGAUUGGUAAGCCAACAAUCUCUCCAUUUUCGGAAUCGGGUGAAAAAAUUGCGUUGAUUGAUCGUGUUAUAUUAUGCGAGGGAAAAAUGGAAGAAAUUGAGAAUAAAGUUGAGAAAUUGAAUGAUAUAACAAUCAGAUGUAUUGCAUUAUUAGAGUGAGUUUUUCAAAUCUUAUUUUUCAAUUGAUAAUCAAAUUUUUGUAGAAAAUCUAAAGUUGGAUUGCCUCCAAAACCUCAAGCUAUCAAAAAACAGAUCACUCGACAAGCAACAAUCGCGGAAAAUUUUGUGGAAACCCCUGAAGAUGAUGCGUUCCUUUAA